AUGCAGCGCAACUGCCUCUGCGCAUUCUCGACCUAUGCGCAGGCGUGGGUUACCAACAAUGGCCUCACUGACCACGGAACGGUGGCCGACUCCGUCACCCCAGAGUACCUGCGCGACCAUGCGGGCGCCACCGUAGUGAAGCCCGUGGACAUCAUGUUCGUUGAAACCGUCGCGGGCGCGCUCCCCGAGAUCGUGAAGAAGGGGUCUGCGGCGUGGGCGAAGACGCUGGGCUUCUACCGGAAGUGCUACGCCGCCAGCACAGAGGCCGCGAACAAGCCUCCCGACCAGGAGGAGGUGGCGCCCAUCGAGGCGAAGGAUCCGGGCCACGAAGACUAUUACGAGCUGAUUCCGGAUUGCCGCGAGAAGCGGCUGAAGGCCCUCUUCGAGGCGAGGCGUCACGACGUCGAGGACGCCCGCUUACCCAGCGCCCGCUUCUGGGGCCGCUACGAGCGCCUGCGCCGCGUCCAGAAGGAGUUCGUCCCCCUGCUUGCGGACAAGGUCCAAUCCGAGGAAAUCGGCAAGAAGACCGGCCUCGCCAGCUUCCUGGGGCCCGUCCAGAACGGGGCGCUCGCCUGGAGGCUCCCAGCCAUACAGGAGGCCCCACCUGACACACUGGAAGACCUCGAGACGUGGGCGUACAUCAUCGAGAACUUGAUCUUUCUCGUAGGGUGGGUCAAGGACAUCAAGUCCCUGGACGUCUUCCACCAGAGGUUCUGGGCGAAGGUCCGCAAGAACCGCGCGCCGCGACCGGGGUACCGGAACCUCUCUGUCGCAGAGUACUACGAGGCGUACCUGGUGUGUCAGAACCAGUGGCGCAAGGCGUCGAAGGCCGGGGACACGAUCGACGACGCGAUCCUCGCGUCCAUGCCCCCAGAGAACAGCGACCUCGACGUCGCACUCGCCAUGGCGCCGCGUCUCGUCGCGCAGCCCCGGGCGCCCACGCUCGGUACCAACGGCGGCGCCCAAGCCGCCCACGCCGGCAUGGCGGGCAGCAUCAUGACCGCGCCGCCCCUCGCCCUGACAGACGCGGGCCCGGAACACCGCGGCGACAAAGGCAAAGCCGCCGGCAAGGGCAAGCCGGCCGGGGCAAGCAAGAAGGGCAAGGGCGCGCGCAAAGGCACCUGUCACACUGGGGCGACCGGCCGGGACCAGCGCCGGAAGCUCAACCCGCGGGCGCGCACCAGCCCGCAGAGCCGCGCCACCGCGCCCACGAAGGGCGACCCAGCUCCACGCGGCGCCGCCAAUGCCCCAGACCAAACGGGCAGCACCUGCGGCGGCAUCACCAUGGUCGAUUAUGCAGCGAGGCUCCACGACCCUGCGGCCGAACAAGAAUUCGACGCCGUCGACACAAACCAGCUGCCGCCCUACGCGCCGCCGCCCGCCGACCCGCGCAGCCAGCAAAGCGCGCGCAGAGACACCGCGCCGUGGUGCGCCGAGGACACUGUCCCCCCGCCGCAGCGCCCUGCCGCGCCAGGCAGAGCAGCUAAAGGCUUUACACAGCAGCAGCGGGCGAUCUCGCCGAACCAGCACGUGGACAUGGCCUGGGACCGGCAACAACGCCAGCCCGCGCCCCAGUGGGCGGAACCGCCCGCCGUGCGCCCGCCAGCGCCCAUCCGCAGCGCACUGCUCUGGGCGCGCGACUGCCCCGACUACGAACGCUGGGUAAUCGGGCAGGUGCAGUACUGGAGGCGCGCCGAGGCAUCCCUGAGCGAUGCGACACGCGCCUGGCGCGCCGGCCUCUCACAGCACGUCAAAGACGUGUUGCCGCCAACAUACAACGGCCCGCUGCACAGGGAGCUGCUCCUGGCUUCCGGCCAUGACGACACGGAGGUCAUCGCCGACAUCAUGGCGGGCUUCCGCAUGCGGGGCGUCCUCCCAGACACGCGGCUCUACGAGCACACCGACAGCGCAGAUCUGCCUGGCGCCGCCGAGCUGGACAGCGCUCUCGAGCUGGCACUGGACAACAGAGAUGCCGCACUUUGGGAAAUGCUCCUGAACACUAAGCGGGAGCCAGACAUGGCCGAGGUCCUCCGGGUCACCGAGGCCGAGCGCGUGUCGGGCAAGCUCGAUGGGCCCUGGGAAGUAUGGCUCGACCACGCCGGCCAGAACCGCACGGCCACUUCAUACAAGGUCCGGCCCAUAGACGACGCCACGGCAAGCGGCCUGGACCUCGCAGCAGCCACCCAGGAGCGCAUGAGGAUGGCAGGCGUCGCCUCUCUCCUCGACGCGGUCGCGUUCAUAGCGGAGGAGUUCCACGAGUGGGGCGAUGACGGCGCCCCCCUCAUCGCAAAGGGCGACCGCGCGCAGGCCUACCGACAAUGGCCGGUACAUCCAGAUGACAUUCCACUGCUGGUGUGCUUGGUCUGGGGCGACACCGUGGGUCCAGAGGGCGGAUUCCGCGCCUUCGCGCACAAGGCGCUCCCCUUCGGGGCCUUCGGAGCAGUCUGGGGGUACGCGCGCGUCGCCGCCAGCGUGAUUCACCCGCUCCGCCGCAUCUUCAGCGUGCCCCAGAACGCGUAUGUGGACGAUUUCCACCGCGCCUCCCCGGCCAGGUGGGCCGCCCUGCACGAAUGGGUGUUCCAGGAGCUGCACGCCAUGCUCGGUAUCCCGCUCAAGGACGGCAAGAACCAGGGACCAGCGGCCGUGCUGGAUCUGCUCGGACUGGACGUCAUCUCCACCGGGCACUGGGCGGGACUGCGCCUCACCGUCAAGCGGCGCGACGACCUGGCCGCGGACGUGGACUCCGCGUCUCGCGCGCGCCGCCUCAGCAGGCGCGACGCGGCCGGACUCGGAAGACAGAUGGGCUUCGCCACCACGGCAAUGUUCGGCCGUAUCGGCCGAGUAUACGCCUCCAACGUGUCGGCGCACCGAGGCGGCUGGUCCGAACGCCUCGCUGACGCGCUGGCGUGGUGGAAGGCGCUGCUGCGCUGCCCGAUAUACCACAGGCGCGUCCACGGCGACCAGCGGCCCGUCGUCCUCGGAUGGGUCGACGGGUCAUGGGACAUGGACACCGGCGCGGGGGCCAUCGGGGGCAUGCUGUUGUCCUCGCAAGGCAGCGGCCGCAGCUUCUCGGCGCGCAUCCCGCAGCACCUGUGCGCGGAGCUGCUGAGGGUCGGCAAGAAGCAGCGAAACACGCAGUCCGAGCUGCUCGCCGUACUGGUGCUGCUCCUCACCUGCCCCGACGAGCUCCGCGGGGCCCGGUUGAUCCUCUUCGAGGACAACGCGCCCGCGCUUGAAAACAUCCUCAGCGGCGCCGCCAACGACGAUCACAGCAAGGACAUCGUCGGAGCGAUCUGGCUCCUGCUGGGAGUCCUCGGCGUAGAAUUGUGGAUCGAAUGGGUCGCGUCCGAGAGCAAACCCGCGGACGCUUUCUCGCGACCUGGAGAACCGGAGAAGCAGGCCGAGGCAGCGGCACUGUCCCGGCGCUACAGCCUCAGUGCGGCAGAGCCGCGUUUCCCCGCCUCGUUCCGCAUGGACGCCGGGGCUUGGGCAGCUGCCGUGGCGGCCGCCAAGGAGGACUGGGCGCGCAACGACCGGCGACGCCGUGCCCUGACCGCGCUGCGCUUGGGCUCCGUGGGCGCAGGCACCCUCGCGGCGCUCCUGGGCGCGAUCGCGUUCGACUCGGAUGACAAGCAUGUCACGCUCGGGUGGCUCCGCGCCUGCCGCGCCGGCGUCGUGGCUGCCGCGACGCAGUGCCACGCUGAGCUGCUGCGCCUCUUGUGCGUUGCAGCGCGGCCGCACGCCCGCGCCCACGGCACCGCUGCCGUGGCCCUGCGCCAGGGAACGCCGCCGCGAGCGCCGCCAGGGGCCGCGCGUUGCAACGCGGCCUGCAUCGUUCGAGGAGUUGGCAGCCGAGGCUCUGCGACCAUCGACUGGCUGCAGUCCGUGCCCACCCCAGAGACCGCGAAGCUGGGCGCGAACGACGUCGUCGUUGGCUUCUACGCGGUCCCCAUCGACGGCAUAAAGGAGCGGGUCCGCUCUGCCCCGCUGCGCAAGCUCGGCCUGGACGUCGCGCGCGCGGGCCCUACCGCGCUGUCGCGGCUCGCCGACGCGCGCCGCUAG